AUGGAGAGUACAAGAGUAUUUGUUGGUGGUCUUCCACCGACAUGCUCCAAUGAUCAGCUCAAAAAGCAUUUUUCAACACGCUUUCAAGUCACAGAUGCCCAUGUCCUGCCUAAACGUAGGAUGGGUUUUGUUGGCUUCAAGGAUCAUGAGGCAGCCCAACAAGCUGUGAAGCACUUCAACAAGACAUAUAUGAAGAUGUCGAAAAUCUCUGUAGACAUCGCUCGUCCGAUCGACUCAAAUGCCGCUGAGGAUGCUCACCCCACCCGAAGACGUGAUGCCACGAAUAAUGAACACUCGAUGGACAGCAACCUCAAGCGGAAGAGGGAAGACAAGGCACAGGAUCCCAAACUGCAGGAAUAUCUCUCUGUAAUGGGAGGCACAUCUAAAACCCGGACAUGGGCCAACGAUGAUGACAUGAUUAAGCCGUCUGCGGAACCUGCAGCCGUUAUUAACCAGCCUACCCAGGAAGAGGACGAAGAAGAGCUCCAGGAGUUGCCCUCGCACCCAAAGAAGGCCAAGACAGAAAAGCCCGUCGUUCCCCAACCCCCCCAGCCUGAGCCCAUGGUCAUUGACCACAGUGAAGAGGUAGAAGACCAAGAUGCUCAAGUGAAAGAACAGCAAGCAGAACCAGAAGUUCAAGCAGCUCCUCUCUCUGAUGCGGAUUGGUUGCGCUCCAAGACAAGUCGUCUGUUGGGCCUCCUCGACGAGGAUGAGCAAGAUGAGUUCGAGCAACACAAGGCUGAUGCACCACCCGCUGCGCCAGUUGCCACUACUUCAGUAGCUGCUGCCCCGGCACCUUCGUCUGGCGAUGAGUCGCCACAGCGCGACGAGGAAUCGCGUAACAUGGCGUAUGAGAGUGUUGUGCCCAACACGACUGACGAUGACAGCAAUACUCAACCAGGACCUGAGGACCCCAAUGUUGAUCUCAUUCGGAAGUCCGCACGUCUGUUCCUCAGAAAUCUUGCGUACGACACCACUGAAUCUGAUCUUCAACCGAUCUUUGAACGAUUCGGCAAACUUGAAGAGAUACAUAUUGCCUUUGAUACUCGAGUCACAGCCAGUAAAGGGUUUGCUUAUGUGCAAUACUCCGAUGCUGAGUCUGCCGUUGAUGCCUACCAACAGCUCGAUGGAAAGCAUUUCCAAGGCCGUCUCCUCCAUAUUUUACCGGCGACAGCCAAGAAGACCUAUAAGAUUGAUGACUAUGAAUUGUCCAAACUUCCCUUGAAAAAGCAGAAGGAAAUUAAACGGAAACAAAAUGCCUCUUCGUCCUCCUUUAGCUGGAACUCCUUGUACAUGAAUGCCGAUGCUGUCAUGUCUUCAGUUGCUGGAAGACUCGGAGUGUCCAAGUCCGACUUGCUUGACCCCACAUCUUCAGACGCUGCUGUGAAGCAAGCGCAUGCUGAAACGCACGUUAUCCAAGAGACAAAAGCUUACUUCGCCAACAACGGAGUCAACAUUGAUGCUUUCAAACAACGUGAACGUGGUAACACAGCUAUUCUUGUCAAGAACUUCUCCUAUGGCGUCAGGUCAGAAGAGCUGAAGAAUUUGUUUGAGCCGUACGGCAAGAUCAUUCGAAUGCUCAUGCCUCCAAGUGGUACCAUUGCGAUUGUGGAGUUUGCGCGACCGGACGAGGCCCAGAAGGCUUUCAAGGGUAUGGCAUACCGCAAGUUGGGUGAUUCCAUCUUGUUCUUGGAGAAAGCGCCCAAGAACCUGUUCGAAGGCGCCGCAGCUCCGCGCGCAUCUGUUACUGAAGUUCGGGGCAAGGAUUCUGGAUUCUCGACGGCCGAUACCUUCGCCGCCGAUGAGGCUGACGAUGGUACAUCAACCGCGACAUUGUUUGUCAAGAACUUGGACUUCGCGACCACAAACCAGAAGUUCGUGGAAGCCUUCCGUCCUCUCGAUGGUUUCCUUACCGGUCGCAUCAAGACGAAGUCCGACCCGAAGCGACCGGGCCAGACGCUCAGCAUGGGUUUCGGUUUCGUGGAUUUCAAAACCAAGGCUCAAGCUCAGGCUGCCCUCACGGCCAUGAAUGGCUACAAGCUGGACCAGCACGAACUUCUCAUCCGCGCAUCUCACAAGGGCAAGGACGCUGCCGAGGAGCGCAGAAACGAAGACAAUGCCAAAAAGUCUGCAGCAAAGCGGACAAAGAUCAUCAUCAAGAACUUACCGUUCCAGGCUACCAAGAAAGACAUUCGAUCCUUAUUUGGGGCUUAUGGCCAACUCCGUUCUGUUCGUGUUCCGCAAAAGUUCGAUCGCACGGCUCGUGGUUUCGGUUUCGCGGACUUCGUCAGCGCUCGCGAAGCGGAGAAUGCCAUGGAUGCGCUGAAGAACACACAUUUGUUGGGCAGAAGAUUGGUGUUGGAGUUCGUGAACGAGGAGGCCGUCGAUCCCGAGGAGGAACUUGCGCGCUUAGAGAAGAAGGUAGGAGAGCAGGUGGACAGGGUCAAGCUCCAACAGCUUACCUCUGGUGCCGGGCGCAAGAAGUUUACUGUAGGAGGGCAGGAGGAAGAGGCAUGA